UUAACUAUGACUAAAAGUUCGAGUAAUUGGUAACAAUUGAUGAAAUGUUUACUAAAAAUUAAUCUAAUUUUUAAUUUAUUUCAAAGUGAAUUAAAUGAAUAUAAUCCAGUUUUUAAGAAAUAAGGAAUUCAUCUUUCUAUCAGUUUAAAUAGAGCUGUCAUUGGUCGAUAAGUGAACAAGGAGGCUUGUAAAAUGGCUUGCAUGGAUUGGAACCAAAUAUUGUCACACGUUAUUUGAGCAAGUAAUGAGAAUCCGAAUGGUCGUUGAAUUUAGUCAGUUGAAAUUGAAGUUUGCUUUGGUUUGGCUUUUUUUUCAAUAGCCGUUAAUUUGCUGAUGAUCGCCUGGCGCGCCAUGAACUUGGAUUGGAUGUUAAUUAGUAGCGAAAAGGCGGAUCUUCCAUAUGGUUGCUUCCAAUUUUCAGGAACCCUUUCAAAUGCAUAUUGCACUUGAAGUGCAAAAGGUUCUAGACAAAAAUUGAAAGAAUCAAAUUUCGCCCCUCUCUUUACCUACUCUUCUUGGACUUGUAGGCCUUUUCUCAUCUCUAUCAUCUGCAUCACUUCCAUCGUCUUCGUCAUCCUCAUCAUCCCCAUCAUCUUUAUCCUCUUCUUUUUCUUCUCCUCCUGCGCAUUCAGCUAAUUUAUCUUCUUAGUUUCUUUGGCAUCAUCUCGACAUUUUCAUCCUACAACCAAAUGUUGAACUUCAUUUUCUUAUUCCGUCCUUCUCUCUUCACUUCUUAUCAUUUUCCUUCAUUUCAGAUUUACAAACCUUAUCGAGCUUCCGAGUUACACACAAUUAGAUAGUUUUCUUUCCUAUCAACUUCAAUCAAAUAAUAUUUCAACAGUGAAAAAUCGGAAAAAACAAUUUCUCAAUCAUCUUCGACUCGGAAAAAGUUACCAUUUUGUUUUCAUUUGCAUCGCCGAUACAAAAUUUUCAUUCAACUUCUGAACCAUCAAAGUUUUGAGUGUCUUAUAUAUCAUCCAUGUUUUGUUUUCUUGUAAAUUAUUGCAUCCUAACUGUUGAUGAAAAACUAAAUGAAAUGCGUUUGAAGUUACCAAUAUAAGGGGUUAAAACAAAGGAGACAUUCAAGUCUUUCGUCUUCAUUAAGUCCUAAUGUUACCAAUUUUGUGUUUAUCAAGAAAUGUUACCUCAACCGUUGCACUUGAGAGGAUUAAAUUGUCAUCUUCAUCUAUUAAUCAUCACCAUCUUUACCAGUUGGUCCCAACCAGUUGACAGUUUAUCCAAUUUUCAACAAUUUAAAAAUUCUGUUAACAAUCAGCCUGAUGCAUCGUUUUCUGGUUCAUUAUCACCUUUGUUGCCCUCACCAAGCAAUCCUACAAAUCAGCAACUAGUAACAAAUCAUUUUCAAAAGCAUCGUUCAACUCGUCAAAUUGAUCCUCAUUAUGAUUCACAAAUUUUAUCAAAUACACCCGAUUCUGGACUAUCCACAGUCUCUUUCUAUGGGUCCAGCUAUAUUUGGAUUCCUAUGGAAGAAUCAAGAGAUUCAACAAAAAUUGUCUUCCGUUUCAAAACUCAUCGCACUGAUGCCUUCCUAUUCCUAGCCUCUGGUCCUAAAGAUUAUUGUCUAAUCACUCUUGUCAAUGGCAAUAUCAACGUACGAAUUAAUUUGGGCUCUGGCGAAGAGCUAAUUAAUGGGCCCAAUGAUCUUAAAUUAAACGACCUUCUUUGGCAUGAGGUUGACCUGGAACGUAAACAAAGUGACCUUGUGCUAACCAUUGAUAGAAUCCAUUUAAAGCAUUACACCAUUAAGGGAAGAUUUUUCGAGUUAAACAUCAAUUAUGGCCUUUACAUUGGUGGCUUGGGUAAUUUUACUGAACUUUUUCUUGGUAACAUGGUUAACUUUCGUGGUUGCAUUGAACAGUUAACCUUCAAUGGAGUCAAUGUUUUCUCUCAAUCACUUCGAUCUCAUGGAGUCCUGAAAGAUGUCACAAGAGCUUGUUCAACCGAUUUUGACUCAAUACCAAGUACAUCAGCAACUAACCAGGAAACCUUUAGUUUUCUUGGUGAUGGAUCAUAUUUAACUUUACCCUCUGACCUGACUGAUUACCGUGUUGGUGGAAACAUUUACUUUGAACUGAAAACAUCUCAACCAAUUGGUUCAUCUUCAAUAUUGUUUUACAAAACAGGAUUAGAGCAUUAUAUUCAUGAUUUUUUAGCCAUUGAAUUGGUCAAUGGAACCAUCCAAGUAACUGCCAAUGAUGGAAGUGGCCUGAUCAUUGUACCUUCCGAUUUAGCAGUAAACACUGGUCAUUGGCAUUCAGUAAACAUUACCUUUAAACCAGAUUGGUAUGAAAUUAGUGUUGAUGGAAGGAGCAAAAAAUUUCAAUCCAAUCAAAAAGAGUCUCGUUAUUAUGAUUUUACAAGUGAUCUUUAUGUUGGAGGAAUCGACGUUUCCAAGAUGCUCAUUGCUUCUCAGCAAGGUUUAAAAUCAUUUCUAUCUGAUUCAAUAGAUACCAGUUUCAAAGGUUGCAUUCGUUCAUUACACCUAAAUUCAAUUCCAAUGGGCCAACGGCAAUUGUUAGUUACCAAAGGAGUCCAUUCAAAUUGUCUCUGGGAUUAUCCUUGUCUAGUCUCUAAACCAUGUAUUAAUGGAUCAACAUGUUUACCAGAAGGUUACAACUCAUUUCGGUGUUUUUGUGAAUCUGGCAAUUGUAUUGCCUCGACAUCUUCAACAACACCUUUAACCUCAACUCAACCAUCUGACUUAAUGCCAUCAACUGAAUCAAAUUCAUCUUCAAUUGUUCAAAUUCAACCUUUAAUUGUUUUAGAAGGUAAAAGUGAACCCAUUACUGUUAAAAAUAUUCAAUUUAAUUCUAAACUUUUUGGCUUCAAUGUUGGUGAUAAUGGUGCUUUUUCAAUCAAACAUAACCCUUCACACGGAGCUUUACUCAUUGAUCGUUAUUCAUCUUCAUCUUAUUCCUCAUCCGAUAAUGCUUUUACUUACUCCGAGCUUAAUAUGGGAUCCGUUCGUUAUACUCAUGAUGGAAGUGAAACAACAAAUGAUUCUGUAACUUUGACCCUUUCAUUUUCAUCCAAAUCAAUUCAACUUCCAACUUACCUUUUAAAUCAAGUGGAAACCUUUACUUUGCCCAUCAAAAUUAUACCAGUUAAUGAUAUUCCGCUGGUAUAUAAAGGCAUUGAGAAUCAUUUAACAACUGAAUCAAAUAACUUGAUUCUAAUGGCGAGAUUCACGAAACUCUGUUUAACACCAAAAAUACUUAACUCAUCUGAUUCGGAUAAUUCAGAUUUUGAGUUAACUUACAAUGUGAUCACACUUUACUCAUGUCCAGAGUGUUACAUUGAAUCAACCGAUUAUCCAUCAAACAGUUUGACCAAAUUCACUCAAGCCGAUGUUAAUCAACAUAAAAUAUAUUUUGUCCAUUCACCAAUCAAUUCUGGUUUGAAUGCUUCUUCAGUGCGAAUUGUUUUAUCCUUAACCGACAAUCCUAAUCGUUCCGAUUCUUUAAUGGAAGUCAUGAUUGAGAUUCAUUUAUUUGACUUAACCCUAAUACAAUUGUAUAAUACUGGCUGCUUAGUUAACUACAACGAUUCAGUUGUUUUAACUCCAAACAAUUUAUCUUUCACAACCAACUCUAACUCAACCGAUUAUCAAAUUUUUGAGUUACGCUACAAAAUACUCAAAAUACCUGAUUAUGGUGUUAUUCAGAAACUCAGACCAAACGGACAAUGGAUCAAUGUUAGUUACUUUAAUCAAAAGCAAUUGAAUGAAGGUAAAAUACGAUAUCUUCACUUGAUUGGACACCCAACAAUUGAUUCAGUUUCAUUUCAAAUAAGUGUCAUUGGAAGUAGAGUUACUUCUCGCAUUGAAUUUAAAAUUGUAUUCAUACCAAAGGCAACACUAAAAACCUCACCAUCUUCUCAACCAGUUAAAUCAUCUUCAAUCCAAUCGAUAGACCAACGUUCAUCUAACCAUAUGAUUGUUAAUGACAAUGAUUUACGUUAUUCAACUGAAUCUCGACCAAUUGGCCCUGGACAGUUCCUGGUCAUUACUACAAGUCAAUUGCUUAUAAUUGCCAUUUGUGUCCUAACAUCAAUUGGACUGUGUUUACUGUUAAUGAUGGUUAAAUUACUCUCUUUUGGUAAAACCAAAUCUACCUCAUCUUCACCCUCAUCAACCUCAUCAUCAUCAAGUAAAAUGAACUCUAAAAGGUGUGAUUCAAAUGAUGACGAGGAUCGCCAUUUAAACUCAAGUGAUGAUAAUUUACCCAAUGGUAUGCUAAUGAUUGACGAUAGUGGCCGAGGCAGUUUACCAUAUGAUAGAGCGUCCACUGUUAUGUCCGAUUUAAAUCCUUAUUUACCCAAUUUGACCAACAAUCCUCCAUCAAUAAGUACCAAUUGUGGCUCCAUCAGAAGUAUAACUGGAACUCCAGUCAGUAGCUUUGGUCGAGGACACUUUUUUCCUCCAACGUCACCGAAAUUCGACAAUGAACCUCAGUUGGAUUCAAGACAGGGUAACCAUUUCCCUCUUCCACCACCUUCACUUUACUUUGGAGUUGACUCUUUGGAAGAAGGACAGAGAAUUGUUCAGCCACAUUUGUGCUCUUUUCAUGCCAAAACAUUGCGCUCAUCUCCUCGUUCACUGAUGACACCAACCUCGGAAUCAAAUAAUUUAUUGUCAAGUCCGUCGCCACCGCCAUUACCACCUCCUCCACCUCCGGCACCAGAAGAUGACAUUGAGCCAGACGAGGUAAAUGUUCAUCAUCAACUGCACAACAACCUCAAUAAUUCAAUGACGUUUGGUAAUGUUGGAAGUACAUCUUUGCUGGAUGACAGAAAAUUCAAUUGGAACCAUCAUUCAGGAGCUGAUAUCAUGGAUCAUUCAAUGUAUGCUGAACAUCACCAUAAUCAUCAUUCAUGCCAUCCAAACCAUUCAAAUUACUCAAGUGCUUUUACUGAUUACUCUUUUGCCCAUAAACUAUCAACUUUACCAGCAACGCCAAAAUCAAAAAAUAGACAACAACAAAGCAGACUCUGGAUUUAAUAACUGUUAAUUAUCAUGAUCAUCAUCACAUCAUCAUGGAAAGGAUAAUCACUGUCCAUCACAAUCACCAUUUGUACUCAUUUUCAUCAUCUCUUUUACAAUCUUUGAUAAUCAACCUUUUUUCACACAACUCUGUCCUUUUUUGUAAUUAUUUGUCCAAUCGUGAAUUUUUAACCAUUAUUAGUAGAUAAUUUAGGUUAACACCUUUAGAUUGUAAUUUUAUUUGGUCUCAUUAAGUGACCAUUUUGUAAAAAAGAGAUUAACAAUUCUCUAAUUGUAAUUAGUGCCAUUGUCAAAUAAAAAACU